AUGCAAGAUUUGAAAAACCAACGACAAUCGAUCCAAUCUUCUUUUGACAAGCAAAGUGAAAAGGCAAGAAGUGAUUAUCGGAUGCGUUUAAAUGCCUCAAUUGAUGUAGCAAGAUUUCUCUUGACAUCGGGAUUUCCAUUUCGUGGACAUGAUGAAAGUGAAGGUUCCGAAUAUAAGGGUGCUUUUCUUGAACUUUUGAAAUGGUAUGGGGAUAGAAGUUUUGAUGUGGGAAGAGUAAUAUUAGGUAAUGCUCCACAAAAUGAUAUGAUGAUUUGUUCGACAAUUCAAAAAGAAAUUGUGGAGGCUUGUGCUAAAGAAACAACUAAGGCUAUCAUUGAAGACUUGGACGGUGAUUAUUUUGGAAUAUUAGUUGAUGAAUCAAAGGAUGUUUCUCAUAAGGAGCAAAUGGCUCUAAUUUUGAGAUAUGUCAACAAAAGUGGAAUGGUGGUAGAGCGAUUCUUGGGUAUUGUCCACGUAAAUGAUACAUCUUCUCAAUCAUUAAAAAAGGCAAUUUAUUCUUUGCUUUUGGAUCACUCAUUAUGUACAUCCAAAAUACGUGGUCAAGGUUAUGAUGGGGCUAGUAAUAUGCAAGGGAAAAUAAAUGGUCUCAAGUCUUUGAUUUUACAAGAUACAUCAUCUGCAUAUUCUAUUCACUGUUUUGCUCACCAAUUGCAAUUGGCACUUGUAGGUCUUUCCAAAAAGAAUUCGGAUGUGGAUAAUUUUUUUUAUGUUCUCACUAAUAUUUUGAAUACUAUUGGAGCUUCAUUUAAACGCAGAGAUUCACUUCGACAACAUCAAGAAGAUAAGUUGGAAGAGUUGCUUAAAUUUGGAGAAGUUCAUACAGGGCAAGGUUUGAAUCAAGAACGUGGCCUCCAACGACCGGGUGAUACUCGUUGGGGGUCUCAUUUUAAAACCUUGGACAAUUUCCUGAUUCUUUUUUCUUCAAUUGUUAAUGUGCUUAAGGAUAUGAAACGUGAUUGUCCAUAUCAUCUUGAUAGAUUUGCGGCGGAAAAUCUUUUGAGCAAGAUUCAUGAAUUUGAAUUUGUCUUUAUGUUGCACUUGAUGUUUAAGGUGUUGCUAUUGACGAAUGAGUUGAAUAAAGUUUUACAAAAGAAAGAUCAAGAUAUCGUUAAUGCUAUGGGAUUGCUUGACCUUUCAAAGAAACGAUUGCAAAUGAUGAGAGAGGAUGAAUGGGACUCUAUGAUGGAUGAGGUUAGCUUAUUUUGUGGUAAACAUGGAAUUUCAAUUCCCAAAAUGAAUGAAGACUACUCUAAUGGGAAGUCGAAGCGUAAGAGGUCCAAUAUUUCAUAUUUGCAUCACUUUCGUGUGGAAGUAUUUUAUGCCGUCAUUGAUUUGGCACUUCAAGAACUCAAUAAUCGUUUUGAUGUGGUGACUAGUGACUUGCUUCUCGGUAUGGCUAGUUUGAGUCCGGUUGAUUCAUUUGCUAAUUUUCACAAGGAUAGGAUAAUGAAACUAGCCGAGUACUACCCAAGUGAGUUUGGUGAUAAAGAGCUUCGGGAACUCAAUUUUCAACUUGAUGAUUUUAUUGUCUAUGCUCAAAAGUGUGAUAGCAAGUUUCUCAACUUGAAGGGAAUCAAGGAUCUUGCAAAAGUGAUGAUAGAGACAAAACUAGAUCAAACUUGGUCACUUGUGUAUCUACUUGUGAAGCUAACUUUGAUUAUUCCUGUUGCUACCGCAAGCGUGGAAAGAGCAUUCUCAUCAAUGAAGUACAUAAAGAAUGAUUUGCGUAAUAGGAUGGAUGAAGAUCUUUUGAAUGGGAAGUGCAUUGUGGAGCCGUAUAAUAACACAAAGCAGAUGGAUGUUUAUCAGGCCACACGAAUCGAAUUCAAGGACGAUAUAAUCAUGGAGAUCCUUAGCAAGUUACCCGUCCGGUAUCUUGUUCAAUUUAAAUGUGUUUCAAAAUUGUGGAACACAUUAAUCUCUGAUCCUUACUUUACGAAGAAGCAUCUCAAUCGUGCCAAGAAUGAUCCACAUUCCCAAAAACUUCUUUUUUACCAACGUAACCCUAUGGGUCUAGCAAACUGGUUGACAAGGUACAUAAACUUGACAACCCUUCAAGCUUAUGAUGUGGAACCCCUCCACAAGAGAAUCAAUAAUACUCCCUCAACCAGGAUUUUUACUGCAGAAUAG